UUUGUCAAACGCGUCUGGGGAAUAAGCCACAUAACAAUUCAAGUAUAUUUGGGUACCAUUUGAAAGUGAAACUUAAUACACUUUCCUUAUAAAAUUUUAAAAUAUAUUUUGUUUAAUACCGGGUAGUUUCUCUUCAACCAAUCGAUGUCAGUUAUGCAUGGAAGAACAUUUCCCUAAACCAAGAAGUAUAAAGCUCAUUCGUUCAUAACGUUUGACGUUGGAUUGAAGUUGGCAACCUGUAAUUUAUUAAAGUGUAAUUUGAUGAGAUGGGUUUAAGCGUGGUGCGAUUAAUUUUAGUUAACAUUAAUUUGUGAUGCCUGUGCAGUUCAUAUUGAAACCUUUUUAACAAACAUUUAACGGUAUUAAAUAUAUUUGGUAUAUUUUUUGAUAAAUCAAAUAACGACUGAAUAAUCUGUAGAUCAGAAGUGUUAUUUUGUAUUGUAUGCAUUUAUAUAAUUAUCUGCCAUAAUUUAGUUUAUUUUGAAUAAUUAUGUGAAGAAAGAUUUACAUGACAGAAGCAUUUAUAAUUUGGUGCAUGCUGAUGGAGACAGGAAUAUUGAAUAUUGGAUUUCUUACUCUGAAGAGUAUUACAUAUAUAAAAAACGGCGGCCAAUCUGAAAAGAUAAAACAGGUGGCAUCUGAUUGAUUUCAACAAGCAGUGGAGAGUACUGAAAUGUCGACUACAAGAAAAGAACUGUAUGCUGAUCAACAGUUUGUACGAACGGAGUCAAGUAUGGAUACGCAAUAUGAGGAAAUAACACCCACGUUGAUGGGCAAUGGUCACUUUAUAGCUCCGAAUUGCCAGGCAGUCUUUGAAAGUGAACAAAAACGCAAUAAGAAACAUGACGACACGUGUGAACUAAAUGUGAUAAGAUUGAAGAAAAUGACAAAAAUAGUUAUUAUUAUUACAAUUAUGUUUGUUAGUUGUGCUGUUGUAACUUUAACUGCAAUAGGCAUGAAUGCCAGUCAGCAAACGAAAAUAAAAGAAUUGCAGACGACAACGGAAAAUCUGCGCAACAGACUUGCGCAGUUGGAAGAGAACGCUACGCUGUGUAUGCCAUGCGCAGAACUUUCAUUGGGUCCAUAUCCGGAAGACACACCUGAUGUCGCCCAGCUGCUAAAACACGUUGAAAACGGACAACAAAUUUGUUGUGCAAAAACGGUCAGCCAGACUUCUAUUUUCCUUAAUCUGUUUGCAAAGAGAAAACAAUUAGAAAAGUGCGCUCAAGAUGCCAUAAAUGCAGAGAAUAGGCCAUCCGGAAAUUGCAACAGUUCUGGUUCCCCGCAUAUUCCAUCUGGUAACUCGUUCAGCAACGUAUCAGCGCACAUGCUGGCCGGUCCCCAGCCGAACAACCUGUCCUUGGACGGACGCAUCCGGAACUGGAGUAUCGGCCCGACGGCACCCGGAACUCACUUGACUAACAUCCGGCUCUCAUCCGACAACCGUUCCCUCGUCAUCCCGGAGUCUGGCCGCUACUUCCUGUACAGCCAGGUCGGCUUCCUAGUAUACUACAACCAAGAAGCGCCACUAGAUCCUCAAAGCCCUGCGCAGUCGCUGUUUCACUCCGUCUUCCGGUAUAACUUCAUAUACCCGCUUGGCGAUGAAGAGUUGUUGCGAAGUGACGUCACUCAAUGCUGGGAACAAAAGAAAGACUAUGGCCGAUACACGAGCUACGUCGGUGCCUCUGUCCAACUCAAUAAAGGCGACCUGGUCUAUGUUAAAGUAUCCAAAAUCGGAUUUUUGUCGAGAGACGAACAGGGUUUAACAUACUUCGGUUUGUUCAAAAUUGCUUGAAACACGUUUUGCUAUGAUGCUUUGUUUUGUUGCUCAGUAAUAUUUCACUUUAUUGCUUCAAUCUAAUGGCUUUUAUUGUAUUAAAAUAACAAUAUCAUGAAUAAAAGAUAGUUUGAUACAAAUAUAUGUAACGAUCUCAAAUCUCAUCUGCAAUGAUCUAGUAUAAAUGUAAUGUUGUCGGUAUAAGUCUCGAAGAUUGCGCAUAUGUUGAGAACGAACUGUGUUGCAUAUGAGAAAAUAAGUUUGUUUUAAGCGUUGAUAUAAAACUAAUCAGAGAACAUAUAAUGUCUACCUCAUAUAAGAUAGAGUGUAUGACAUUUGACACAAAUAGUUAGGUUGUGUAUGUUCAAAUUGACAAUUUAUGUUUUGUUCUGAUGUUCAAUUAAAGUAGGAUACUUUAUUGUAUGAGUGUAUAUUUGAUAUUGAAUAUUUGUUUUCCGAAAAGUUCAUUUUAUUUUUGCGUUCUUCAAUUAAUUUAGAAUGAUAAUACUUUUAUCUUUUAGUAGCAUUAACUUUAUUGUGUUGUAUUCCAUUACAUUACUGGACCUGCUAAUGUUGAUGUUUAUUGUUUUGGCUUAUUUUUCAAAAGAUAUUAAACGAUUUAAACUUUU